AUGCCCCGUACCAUCUUCUGGCCCAUUGUCGUGCACUUUGUCUUGAUCAUCCAUGCCGCCUUCUGGUCAGUCGUAGCAGGGGUGAUGUGCGCCAUCCAGCUCAACGAUGGACACCUUGAAGCGACAGCGGGUGUCGUUAUCUACCCCAUCCUGUUCGCGUAUUGCCUUGUAUGGUGCUGCAUGUCCCGUUCGGACUGGGUCUUAGUCUACUCGAAGGUCGACGUCGCGGCAACGAUCAUUUGCGGUAUUUCCUCCCUUGUCGUCGGUAUCUGGAACACAUGGUUUUGCAUGGCUCCCACUCUCACUUUCCUCUUCCUCUCCAUCUUCCUGGCCUGGUAUGUCGUGACGCGUCGGGUCAUGCACAGAUGGAGCACGUCGAUCUACUGCCUUUCGGUCUCGGACCACGACGCAAACAACAUCCAAGUCUGCCCAUACGUUCUUCCCAUGACUGUCAAUGACAACACGCCCAACCGUCCCCCCGCCAUCAUCUUGCGCCGCGGUCCCGUGGCGGCCAUGGUGCUCCAAGAGCAGAUGGAGGCCACGUCGCGGCAUCUCGCUACCUUGGCAGCCAGCGGGGACGUCUCUGUCAAUUCCGAAGCCCAGGCUCAGGCCCUUCGUUGCAUCCACAUCCUCACCGAGAUCCAGCUCCUCCAGAUGAGAUCGCGCAGCUUGGCUCCAAGUUCAACUGAUGUGCCCACGGAAGUCCCACGUACUGGGCUUACCGUCCGUGCUCUGGCCGAGCACAAUGCUGCCGAGUUCAGAGAAGCAUCUGAAGCGCCGCUGACAGUGGCUUAA